AUGCCAAUAAUCAGACUUGGCGUUAGGCGAAUGCAAGGACAAGAAAUCAAAUAUCUCAUUAUCAAUUCAAUCAAAAUUGGUUAUCAUCAUUUUGAUUGUGCUGCUGAUUACAAGAACGAAACUGAAGUUGGAGAAGCGUUUAAAGAAGCUUUUGAUACUGGAUUUGUCAAGAGGGAGGAUAUUUUCAUUACCACUAAGUUAUGGAACUCUGAUCAUGGACAUGUUGUUGAGGCUUGUAAAGAUAGUCUUAAGAAGCUUCAGUUAGAUUAUCUUGAUUUAUAUCUUGUUCACUUUCCUGUUGCCACAAGGCAUACUGGGGUUGGUACCACUGAUAGUGCUUUGGGUUAA